CCCUCGCCUUCUUCGCAAGUGUGUACUUGGGUACACAUGAGGACCCGCUUGCAACCCUCCGGUCCUUUGUUGCACUGCUCGAAGAUGAGUUAAAUUGAACAACAGAGUUGGCCAGGGAUUGGAGGCUGUGUCUAACAUACACACUCCUGAGGCCGGUCCCUUCACAGUGCGCCAACUUCCACUCAUCUAGUCCUCAUUCAAGAUGGCCGCCACCACUGCCGUGCCUCUUCCCCUCUCGCACGCUCGCCACGCUCAGGAACACGCACACAAGUUACCAUGGUGAUCAGCUACUCCAAAACACUGGACGUAUCGAAGGGUGUGGACAAUCAUGUGCCCAGCACCAUGAGCAAAGGGACCACACUCUUCUCCUGUAGCUCUGUGGAAGGAGACCGGUGGCCGGGCCUGGUGGCGGGGGGCUGUGUCCAGCCGGAAAGCGCCCACCAGGGGAACUGUGGGCUGUGGGAGGCCUUACCCGCCCCCAGCCCCAGCCCCAGCCCCAUCCCCAACCACCACCACCAGCAACAGCAGCAGCAGCAGCAGCAGCAGCAGGCCCAAAUAGCCCCCGGCCGCGCCCGCACGGCUGCCAGCGCCCUCACCAACCUCAUUCAGGACCUCAGCCUGAACGAGGCCCACGGCAGAGCUGUCCCCUGUCCCCACCACGGGUCCGCGGGGGUGCACGCCCAUGCCCACCACACACACGCCUCCUCCGCCAGCACAAACUCGGCGCCCCCCACCAAGCGCCAGUGCCGCUCGCUCUCCUCGGAUGAGCUGAUGUGGGGAGGCUGUGGUGGUGGUAGUGGAGGUGGGGGCCGAAACUCCUUCUCCCUGUCCUCCUCCUCCUCCUCCUCCUCCUCCUCUUCGUCCUCCUGGAGGCCCCAGGGCUCGCGGGUCUGGUCCUGGGUGGAGAAGCGGCGUUGGCACAGCGGGCCGCCUAUGCAGCGCAGCUCCAGCGUCAGCCUGCCCUCGCGCCCGCACCACGCACACCACCACGGCGCCACACACUCGCAGCCGCACGGCCGCGCGCACACACUCCCUCUCGACCUGCAGCCCAGCAUGACUCCGUCGGCGGCGUCGCUGCUGCUGGGCAUGGGCACGUUUGAGUUUGAGGCGCUCCCUCUGGGGGGGGUCCCCUGCGGCGUUGGUGCCGAGGGCUCCGGAGGCGUGGGGGCCCCUGGAGGGGUGGGAGUGGGAGCGGGAGCGGGCCCCGGAGGGUCCCUGCCCAGGAGCCGGUCACAGCCGUGCGUGCUGAGCGAGAGGAAGGUGGCGGCUGGGGUGAAGAGGCGGAGACCCGAGGAGCACAACGGUAGCAGCGGUAGCAGCCAGGAGGCCAGGCCCUCACUAGACCUGGCCAAGAUGACACAGAAACAGCACUUCCACAGUCUGAGCUGCCCAGGCUUCUCCUUCUUCGAGACCUGCCACUCACCCUUCGACCCUCCCACUUCCAUCAUUCCCAGCCAAUCGGACACCGCACGCACCUGUCCGUCAGGCCCAGGGGCGGGAUCACGGCAGAGAUCCUCCCUGAGGAAAGAUGGCGGCGACGGGGAGGACGACUCGUCUUACGAGGAGGAGGAAGAGCAAGAGGAGGAUCUGGACACCGACUCGGCAUGCAGCGUUGGGUCGAGGUGCGAUACCCCUAACCGCGGCGAGGAGGAGGAGGAGGAUGAGGACGAAGAGGAGCAUGGAAUGUUCUGGAAGAAGGGUAGCCACAGAGCGGAUGAGGAGGCAGCAUGUGACUUAGAUGGAGAAUUGGACAUUGAGCAGAUCGAAAGGAACUGAAUGGAAUUGAAAGGAAUUGAAAGUGUUGGGUUGGUAUAAAGAAUGGGAUGAAGGAUGCAAGAUGGACACAGCAAGUUGGAACCGCUUUUGGUUUUUUUGGAUGGAGGACUUUUGGAACGUGUGAAUGCUGGCCUGGAAUGUUUUGUUGGAAUGUUUUGCCGGAAUGGGCUUUAUCUAUUUCUUCAACUGUCCUGGGAAUUUUUGUGCUUAGCUUUUUUUAAAGAUUGUUUGCCUAUAUGGAAGAUGAAUGAUGGAAAAGGCAGAACGAAAAAGCCUCUCCUUCACAGCAAACUCUACAUGUUUUUUGAUCAGUCCAGCAGGUGUAUGCACAUACAUAUUUUUCAGGUUUUCCCAUGGAUUCAGGGUUUUUUGCAACAUGGUGAAGGAGAGAGACUCUUUGUGGACUGAACCGAACUGAACUUUGUGGACUGUGGACUGAAAUCAUGGGUUAAUAGUUUUUUUUCUUUUUAGCAAAGGUUCUUUCUUAGAUGGCAUUCUCUUUUUUAUGCCAAGUGAAAAAAAAGACCUUGAAUGAGAAUUUGUUAAUCAAUCCUUCUUUUGGAUAGUGUCUACAUCUAAUUGAGUCGAGCGUGUGUGGUCUCUUUUUUUUAGUUUGUAAGUCCACAGCAAUGAAUCGAUGAUGUCUGUCUGCUUUUUUGUCUUAUGUGUAAGUAGCCCUACAAAACUGAAGCGUACUGCUAGGGAAUGUUGAACAGGGCCGUCUCUGCCUCUCUCUUGUUCCCGGACUGUAGACAUUUUCUCAGUUCAGUGGAAUAUGCACCUAUCUUUUGGAGCAGUAUGCCUACCAGGUAGACAGGAAGUUAGCAAGAUGGCCGACACUUAGCCUAGUGAUUCACUGCUUUACCUUGUGUUAUUUGAACUGAAAAGAAAGGAAAAGCUUGAAAUCUGUAGACGUAUAUCAUACAGCCUACAUGUAAAUGCAGCCUGUAGGUGAUCGGUCACUGAAUGGGAAAUGAUAUUGGUGUCCCUCUUCUUGUCUUAAUACUUUAUACGAAUCAGCUACAUUCAUCAGAUUAACGGCUGAAAUCCAAGAUGGCUUCCAGCAUGAGUUUUAGCAACAGAGGAAGCAGGCACUCUUCUCAACAAAAACCUUCUGACUUGAUGUCCGUUUGCUGACGGGUUUAAUUUGUUUAUGUGUUCUUAAAUCGCAGACAAAAACAAACAAAACGUGCAAAAAAAACCACACCUCACAACAAAUGAACACUGAAUCAGCGUUGAAGUGCCUUGUAAUAGCAACGUAUAUUUUUCUAAUUCUGACUCUUUUUGUAAUCCUUCUGAUGUUUGCGUCAGCAAACUAAGCUACGAAGCAGAGACUCUGUUGUCCUCUCCCUCUUUCAGGGAGUUAGAUGGUAAAUAAAGGCCGAAAAA